GAACCAGCCUUUGUGAAGGAUUGGUCAAGAAAAAGAGGAACCAUGUCUUUGGUCAGGUCUGCAGAGCCAUCUGCCACAUCAUACAGGAAUCCGAAACUCUACUCGCUAAAGGGAAGCACGGAUAACACUGGCUCAUCCAAUCAAAUCUUCAAUGCGGAGAGGCAAAUGAGCACUUGCAUGUCAAAUUCUUACUCGAGUGAGAGUUACGAAAAGUACUUCCUUGAAUCACCAACUGAAGAACUGAUACAUCCAUCUACUUCUGCCAUCUCAGGGAAUUCGUGUCCCCAGCAAGAUGCCUCCACUUACCAGCAGAGAGCUAGUCUGUGUUCCUCCAUGGCCAUUCAAAACUCAUUUGAUACUUCUUUUACAUCCAGGAGACCUUAUGAUGGCUAUCAAGAAAAUCUUGGACCAGAUUACCUGGAAAAUCAAAAUCUGGAUCCAGUUGACUAUGAUGAAGAUACAAUGAGGCUAAAGCUUCAAGAACUGGAGAGGGCACUACUUGAUGAUAUUGAUGUUGAUGAAGAUGAUGAAAUGUUUGGCAGUGGUCAGAGCAUGGAAAUUGAAAGUGAAUGGUCUGACCCAAUUCAAAAUACUUUGCUUCACGACUCACCCAAGGAGUCCUCAUCCGCAGACUCCAACCUCAGUAGUAUAAGCAGCACCAAAGAAGUAACACAGAUAUCAUGUAGGACUCCAAAGGAAUUGCUUAUUGAUUGUGCUAGUGCAUUAUCAGAUGGAAAUAGAGAUGAAGCCUCAGCAAUAAUCAAUGAACUCCAGCAAAUUGUCUCAAUUCAAGGAGAUCCUCCACAGAGGAUUGCAGCAUAUAUGAUGGAAGGCCUUGCUGCAAGAAUGGCUGCCUCCGGGAAGUUCCUUUACAAAGCUUUAAAAUGUAAAGAGCCUCCAUCAUCUGAUAGGCUUGCAGCCAUGCAGAUCCUCUUUGAGGUGUGCCCUUGUUUUAAAUUUGGAUUUAUGGCAGCAAAUGGUGCAAUCAUUGAGGCACUUAAAGGUGAGAAAAGAGUUCACAUAAUAGACUUUGACAUAAAUCAAGGUAGUCAAUACAUAACAUUGAUACAAACAUUAGCUACUCUGCCUGGCAAACUGCCCCGCCUUAGGUUAACAGGAGUUGAUGACCCUGAAUCUGUUCAGCGUCCUGUUGGCGGCCUUAAAAUAAUCGGACUAAGGCUUGAGAAGCUUGCCGAAGCUCUUGGUGUCCCUUUUGAGUUUCAAGCAGUGCCUUCGAAGACUUCUCUUGUCACUCCAUUGAUGCUGGAUUGCAGGCCUGGGGAAGGGCAACUAAUUUCUUAA